AUGAAUGACGAAGGUGCAGCAAUUACAACGUUGAAAAUUUUAAUCAUCGGUGAAAGUGGUGUCGGAAAGUCGAGCUUGAUGUUGAGGUUUGUGGAUGACACAUUUGAUCCGGAAAUUGCUGCUACAAUUGGAGUUGACUUUCGAGUUACAUCAAUGAUGGUUAAUCAGAAUCGGGAUACUGCUGGACAAGAACGGUUUCGUACUUUAACACCAAGUUAUUAUAGAGGAGCUCAAGGAGUGAUAUGUGUAUACGACGUAUCAAAUCGUCAAACAUUUGAACGACUUAGCCAUUGGAUGAAUGAAGUAGACACAUAUUCAACCAAAACAGAUGCUGUAAAAAUGCUCAUUGGAAAUAAAAUUGAUAUAUCAAGUAGAGAGGUUACUCGAGAAGAAGGAUUGGAAUUUGCGAAAAAGCAUCGCAUGCUGUUUAUAGAAGCAAGUGCUAAAACUCGUGAAGGUGUACAGUGCGCAUUUGAGGAACUUAUUGAAAAGGUUCUGCAAACACCUGGACUGUGGGAUAGCGAUCGAUCGGCUUUUGCUCUCGGUGCUGCUGCAGAUCAGACUAUUGGUAAUUGCACAUGUUGA